AAGUCUAUGGGUGUUAUCUACAUACAGACAAUUGAUAACAGUAUCAAAUGGAACCGUACACUGUACAGAUAUCAAUUUUGUGUGAAAUCAAAAACAUUCAAAUUAAAUUAUUGUCCAAAGAAAAUUGAACGUCACACAGGAUACAGCCAAAUUACACUCCGAUACAGUAUGUAAUUAUUUGCAUACAUACUAAAAUAAUUACAAUACUAUAUCCACUUGUUCAUUCACUAAUUCAUACAAGAUGAUGCGCUACGAUGAAGGGCAACUCACAGACCAUAGGCCUUGUGCGGGCGUAAGAGCAGACCUCAAGAUGUGUCUAUUGGAAUCGGACUGCUGUAAAAUAGAAAGAAAGUUACCCAAAGACUGUUUGAAAGAAAAAAACUGUCCACCAGAAUGCUUGGCAUUACAAAAUACAUUUUUUGAAUGCAAAAGGUCUCUUUUGGACAACAGACAGCGAUUCAGAGGAAGAAAAGGCUAUUAACAGUGUACAAUGUAUAUGGAUUUCAAGACUUUCUCUGAUGUUCUAUUUUUUUUAUAGUUGUUUACUUUUUAGUCGUCCAAAAUAAAAUGAUUCAAAAUUAGUUUUUA